CUCACGCUUCCUCAUUUUUUGUUCUUGGAUCUGAGUGCUUUGUGAAACCAGACUAGAGAAUAUGUUUGUGCUACUGAUUAAUGCCAUUAAAACCAUGGGCAAUGCAGAGAGUCAAAAUGUAGAACAUCCGUUCUAUGGAGAGAAACAUGCCAGCCUGGGACGAAAACAUACAUCACGCUCACUUCGCCUUUCAAACAAAGCAUCUCGACGGACCAGACAUGCUUCUUCAGGAAAAAUUAUUCACAGAAACUCAGAAGUAAGCACUCGAUCUAGUAGUACUCCCAGUAUCCCUCAGUCAUUAGCUGAAAAUGGCUUGGAACCUUUUACCCAAGAAGGCAACUUGGAUGAUUUUGGAAGCCCAAUCUGGGUAGACAGAGUGGACAUGGGUUUAAGGCCAGUUUCUUACCAUACAGAUUCUUCUGUCACUCACAGCAUGAAUAGUAGCACAGUUCACAUGGCAGCAUCCAUACAGAGUAUGCCUAAUUCCGAAGAAGGCAGACUUUAUGCUGAUGGAUAUUUGGCUGAAGGAGGUAACAGGCAACAUCCAUACUCAACAAAUGGGACCACUUUCUUGGAGCCUAUGAGCUUCAAGAAAAAACGUUCAAAAUCUGCAGAUAUCUGGCGGGAGGACAGCUUGGAAUUUUCACUUUCUGAUCUCAGUCAAGAACACUUAACAAGCAAUGAAGAAAUCUUGGGCUCUGCUGAGGAAAAGGAUGGUGAAGAGAAUCGAGAAAGAGAGGCCAGCAAUAGUCAUCAACAGUUGGUCACCUGCCAGCGUGCCAAUUCCAUGAGUGAUUUGUAUUCUCCUCAAAACACAGCUGCUACAACAAAUGGUGGCCCACGAAACAUGCUGGGAGGGUACUGUCAGAAUUUCGUAUCUCAUAGCCCAGAUAUUGGGAACCACAAAACUUCACCUGCCACAGUGGAGAAUGUUCCUUCUUAUAAUAAUUAUAACACACUCCCCUGCAGGAAAUCUCAUUGCCUGUCUGAAGGGUUCACUCACCAAAAAAUGAGCCAUAGCAACAGUAUGCAUGGCAGAAGAGCAAAAACUACCCAGUCCUUUUAUCUUUGUAUUGCCUCUGACUAA